AAGGACGAGCACGUGAACAUCGACAUGCACUUACGAAACACUCUCUGGCCCUAUAUAAUAGUGAAACACUCGUAAAUCAUUAAACUAUCCGCUAGUAUCAGCUUGAAAGGAGCAUAGAUUAACACGGAAGAGAUGUAAAGUUGCAAAGAGUGGACAUGAAGUUGCGUAAAUAUUCUGAACCUUUCAUCACCAUAUUAUUAUCAUAAUACCUGAAUACGUAACUUCUACGUUACAUAACUGAACAAGUAUCGAACUGAAGGAAAAUCGUCACGCUAUUGAAAAGUGUAACAGAGGUGAGGAUGGCUGGCGUUAAGGACACAAUGGUCAAUACGACACCGACAACACUUUCAUCCGGUUACGACCUGAAGGUGUACGGACUUGACAACGGCCAGUUUCUAUAUAUUCACAUUCCAGCACUGACUUGCAUCACGAUUAGUUUCGUCUGCGCAGUACUGAUUUUAGUAGAUUCAUUCCGUCUCCAGACUUUCAGAUCCUUUUUCACCUGGACAAAGAGCGAGCGUUUCGUGGUGUACCUCGCAGUGUGCGACGGACUUUUUAACAUAGCUCACUCCAUGGACCACCUCCACAUACUCAUAACCAGGGAUCACGUUUACCCUGUCGAACUUUGUAAGUUUUAUGGUUUCAUGUUAGCAGAAUUCAUCACAGCACAAAACCUGAUGGUCAAUAUAGUGGCUAUCAAUGCGUUCGUAUUGAUCUACUAUAGAAAGAACAUAUGCUUCGGACGAUACGACUGGAAACUCCUAUUAUGGACGUAUGGAGCACCUUUUGUUGGUGCCACGAUCGCAGGGAUAGCAGAUCAACUAGGUCCGAACGGGGCAUUUUGCUACUUCGAUGGCGUGAAAGGGGAGAUAACAAACGUAUUUUUCACCACAGUUCCUCUAUUGCUUGUGUUAGUCGUCAAUAUCGUCCUGUACGUGUUUACCUGGUACAGGAUUCACACAGAAGCCAAGCGUCUUAAGAACGUGAUCGGGAAAGAAGCGACAACAGUUAGAGCCUCUCAUAAAGUUGCUCGGACAAUGUCGUUAUUUGUGACGGCAUUCUUCGCGCAAUGGUGGGCUAUGGCGCUAUAUGGUGUGUGGCAGUUAUCAGCAGACAUUCCACAAGCUUUAUUUCAAUUCGUCACAACCUUUUCCAAUGUCGGAGGGAUCCUAAACGGGUUUGUUUACGUUAUCAUCAGACGCCGUAAGAUGAAGGGGUAUUAUGAAAAGGAAAAAACUAAAGAAUCUAAAUCCAAGCUGGACUCUGGUAACGGUCCAAGUAUCGACCGGACAUUGGAUACCGUUGAUUUGGACUCUAAGGUGUAGAUGUAUAAAAUGAUGGGAACAUGUUCAUAUUUUGUACAAAUGUAAAGGAUAUUUUUUUUAUUGGUCGAUCCAUUUUAUUUGUCUUUUUUUAUACAUAUACAUAAACAUGACAUACAUUCCCCACAUACUCUAACAUGCAGACAAAGACAAGGGUUCAUCAUCAUCAUCAUCAUCAUCAUCAUCAUCAUCAUCAUCAUCAUCAUCACAUAUACGCAAUCACAUAUACACAAAGACAAGCGUCAUCAUCAUAACACAUAAAAACUAUGUAUACUACAAGGUGUAUAUCUAUUUUUUUUACCAAACGUAUGUCUUGAUUUACACGAUAUUACAAUAGUGACUGUAUACGCUAUAUUAUCACAGUUCUGUUACCAUGGUUACACUUUAUACCCAUAGUGACAUUUUAUUACAGUUGCACUAAAUCACCAUAGUAACAUUAAAUCAACACAGUUGUGUUUAUACUCAUAUAUCAACAUACAAGUACAUACAAUACUUCCUCAUAUAAGUGAUUCUUUGAUGGUAUAAAACUAUUCUUCAUUUAUUGGUUUCUUUUUUCUAAGAAAAAAUCCUGUUUUAUGUAAUAACAUAACUUUUAAUAUUGCAAAGGCAGAAGUGACAGUAAUGUUCUUGUUUUUGGUAUUUUACUAUAUUUCGAACCUUCCAAAGUGUAUUUUUCAUAGUUAUUGUAAACGUGUAACAUUAAUUAUUCUGGUCAUCUUCAUAAUCCCGAAGUAGAUAUAUUUCUUCUCAUUUCUAAUGAUGUUAAUUAAUUUGUAUUUCCACAAAAGAUUAUCAGAUAUAUGAAGUUCUACAUGUGAUUUAAACUGCUGUAAAUUAAUAACAAAAACAGAUGACAAAGCGAUUCUAUGUUUUCACAAAAAAUGACAUUUUCCGUCAGAUCUAUUCAUUAAUUGCAAUUUUGGUCCAAAAAUUUCCCCAGGUUUUUAUCUUAAUAUGUCUAGUUUGAUAGUAAUUUUGCAUUAGGUUUACAGUCAGACAUAACCAUGUUAUGUAUAUUAUGUUCUUUAAGUAUUUUAGGUAGAAUGAUAAAGUGCUGAUGUUUUACAUUGUUUUUUAUAAUGAGUUGUUAUUCAAAAUUAAUGAAGCACUCCUUAUCUUGGUACACAUCAUGUUUAAUUAUUUGGUGAUAUUUUUGUGGGAUUGAUUUCUUGAUUGUUGUAAAGUCGGACAUCCAAUUGUGUUUUCUUAUCAGUCUUUGUAAAAGAAAGUUACUGUCAAUAAAGCAUUUAUCUGUUUCAUUCCAAAUAUCUAUAAAUGUUGUUAAAUUACUUUGAAAAGGGUAUUUGAACCGGUAUGUACGAAACAGUUAUCGAUGUUGAUAUCCGUCGUACCAUUAGGGGAAUGACGCUGUUGGCCGUAACAGAAAUGAAGAACUAGGAUAUCAGAGGAGUGUGCCUACAGGUAGAAAAAACCCUCAAAGAAAGUCAAGAAUGGCGCACUUACUUUACAUCGUUGGAAAUACUUAGAGCAUCACCAUAGGGUCAACAUACAAUGAGAAUAUCGAAACAACAACUUCUGAAUGGGAAGAUACAAGAAAUGACGGUCAAUUAGUUGAGAAUAAUGGCUGAAUGACACCAUAUUCAAUAUUUUAUGAAACAUUUCAUGAUUUAAAAAAGUUCAAUAUAUGCUAUCUCCGUCAGCUUCUGAUAGAGAGUGUUCGCUUUAGAAUAUGUUAUAAACCGUUGUACCGAUGUAAAGCUCUGUUACAAAUAACAAUAUACACUUUCAUUGACAAGAGAUAUUUACAUGUGAUAGACGGCGUAUAUGUAUAUCAACAAACAUAGGUGGGUGAUAAUCACGUUCAUUUACUCGCGGUAUCCCUCAUUUAGAGUCAACUUCUUGUCUCAACACACGACAACAAAAUCGAAGAGAAAUAAACAGGAAUAGUGG